ACAAGUGGAACUGAGUAAAAUCCUUUGACUUCGUACAUAUACAGUGUUAAGGGAAUUUCGUUUUAACAAAUUAUUAUUUCCUUAUUUCUCUAGAUCUCUAAAGUAUCUCAACUUUAAUAAUACGUGUAUUCAAACCUGGAACAUGAGCUACCACCGUGGAGGUGGUAACAAGCCAAAAGGCUUUGGCUUCACUGGCUUCCAGAUGUCGGGGACAAAGAGAACUGGAGUUAACAUCCCACCCCCAUCGACAAAUCCUUCGUUAAGUAAGCAAGGAUAUCAUACUAUGAAUUCCAUCACUGAAAAUGCACUCUCAGCAUGCUGGGGGAUGCCCAAAAAACGGAGCAAGACUGAAGAAGAAUACUUUGAAGACGAUGACGAAGCCCAGACGUCGACCUUAGAGUACAUCCCUGCUCCAGGAUCUCCAACGUUCGAUAGAAUGCAGAGAGAGCAGCAGAAGCAAGGAGAAAGUGACAGCGAGGAAGAUCCUCUUGAUGCUUUCAUGGCUGGGAUCGAUGCAGAAGUUAAGAAGAAUAGUACUAAAGCAACGACGGCUGAGGAAGAGCUCAAGGAGGACAAAUCCAAAGGAUUCCGACAAGACAUCGACGGUGAAGACGACGAAGAGAGUUACUACAGAUACAUGGAGGAGAACCCAACAGCUGGGUUAACUCAAGAGGAGUCCGACCAAGAAAUUGAAUACGAUGAUGAUGGAAAUCCAAUAGCUCCACCAAAGAAAAAGGAAAUAGAUCCCCUGCCCCCUAUAGACCACAGUGAGAUAAAGUAUGAAAACUUUGAGAAGAAUUUCUACAAUGUUCACGAGGAAAUUGCCAAUUUGAGGAAAGCUCAGGUCGAGGAAUUAAGGAAGACCUUGGGAAUCAGAGUAUCAGGAGCCUCGGUGCCGAAGCCAGUAACGAGUUUCGGUCACUUUGGGUUUGACGAUGCUCUCAUCAGAUCGAUUCGCAAGAGUGAAUACACGCAGCCAACUCCAAUCCAAUCGCAGGCAAUUCCUGCAGCCCUAGGAGGAAGAGAUUUAAUUGGCAUUGCUAAAACAGGAAGUGGAAAGACUGCUGCCUUCAUCUGGCCUAUGCUGGUUCACAUUAUGGAUCAGAAGGAAUUGCAGGAGGGGGAUGGACCUAUUGGUUUGAUAUUAGCACCCACGAGGGAAUUGUCACAACAGAUUUUUCAUGAAGCCAGAAAAUUUGGAAAGGUUUACAAUAUUCAGGUUUGCUGCUGUUACGGUGGAGGUAGUAAAUGGGAGCAAAGUCAGGCACUUCAAGCAGGUGCGGAGAUUGUUGUUGCAACACCGGGGAGAAUGAUUGAUUUGGUGAAAAUGAAGGCGACUAAUCUUAGUCGAGUUACCUUUUUGGUACUUGACGAGGCUGACAGGAUGUUCGACAUGGGAUUCGAAUCACAGGUUCGAUCAAUCUGCAAUCACGUUCGCCCCGACAGACAAACUCUCCUCUUCAGCGCGACAUUCAAAAAAAAAGUUGAAAAAUUGGCACGAGAUGUUUUAACAGAUCCAGUGAGAAUAGUUCAUGGAGACGUUGGGGAAGCCAACACUGAUGUCACCCAACACGUUAUAGUUUUCAAUAACAAUCCAACUGGCAAGUGGAUGUGGCUCCUCGAAAAUAUUGUCGAAUUUCUGAGUGCGGGUAGUUUACUCAUAUUCGUCACAAAGAAAUUGAAUGCUGAAGAACUGGCAAAUAGUCUGAAGCUGAAGGAGUUGGAGGUGAUGCUGCUGCACGGUGAUAUGGACCAAAUUGAACGAAAUAAAGUGAUAACGGCUUUCAAGAAGAAGGAGGUGAGCAUUUUGGUGGCGACUGAUGUUGCAGCUAGAGGUCUCGACAUUCCCCACAUCAGGACAGUUGUCAAUUACGAUAUAGCAAGGGAUAUUGAUACUCAUACCCACAGAGUUGGUAGGACUGGUCGUGCUGGAGAGAAGGGAACAGCUUACACUCUGGUCACUGAAAAGGACAAAGAGUUCUCGGGGCAUUUAGUGAGAAAUCUCGAGGGAGCCAAUCAAGAAGUGCCCAAGAGUCUCAUGGAUUUGGCAAUGCAGAGCUCCUGGUUCAGGAAAUCUAGGUUCAAAGGAGGAAAGGGAAAGAGUCUGAAUGUGGGUGGGGCAGGAUUGGGCUUCAGGGGAAGACCCGAGGCCUCAUCAACCAAGGAUGGAUCAUCUGUCCAGACUCCUAAGGAUAUCAGUGAGGUGGUGAAGAAAUUGGAGAGACAGGGUCCAGGGAGUGAUCGGCUUUCUGCUAUGAAAGCAGCUUUCAUGAGUCAGUACACUUCACAAUUCAGGGCAUCUUCAGAUCACACUUGGGAGCAGACCAUCACACCACCCUCGCUUAUUAUGCCACCACCACCUCCCCCAUCAACCUCGACAGAUGGCGAUAGAGCCAAUUAUCAAGAUAUGUCAAAUUCCAAUCAGGGCGGGUCAGAACGCAAACGAGUGAGGAAGAGUCGGUGGGAAUAAUUAAUUGUGAAUAUUUAUUAAAUAAUUCUAUUGUAUUAUGGUGUAUUGUCGAUGUAAUUAUAUCGAUUAUUAAUCCGAAUCGAAAGUUUUUUUUUUAUGUCGAUAAAUAAAUACUGAAUGAGACAUUUUAAUUUUA